GCAGCAUUCACCACACUUGUGUCUGUGUGGCCACACAGAAACAGGGAGACACAGAGGACAGAGGCCCAAACCAUUAGAGAGGCGUCUCAUUUUCUGCCUGCUCCUGCUGACUUGUUAAAUUAAUUGCAAGGCAACUAGCAGUGGACAUGGCUGGUUGUCUGCAAAGUUCCCAACUUUGUAAAAAGUGGGCAUUUUUAAAAUGCCUGCUUGUGACUUUUUCUCUCAGCUUGUGCUUUGCCUCAGUAGAUGCAGAGCCUUUUGAUCCAGCUCACCUCUAUUACCACAGGUCUGGACCUAAUGAAGACAAUAUUAUCAUCGCUAACAAUGGGAUCCGGGUGCCUUUUGGGAGGUCUGUGUUCCUGGACCCUGUGAAUGACCUGGUAACAGAAGUGCAGCCUGGUGACCGCUGCCACAUCACAGUUCUUGAUAAUGACCCACUGGCCCAGCAACCUGGGAUGUUGACCCCUAAAAAGUUCCCUUGUUCGUUUGGACCAGAUGAAGUGAAAUACACUCAUUUUGGAUCUCGGAGCCCCAGCAAGGAUCGCGUGAAGCUGCAGCUUCGUUAUGACUCCCAGACAGAAACUGUUGUCGUCCCUUUUAUGCUGGAAGUGGAGGUGGUUUUCCAACAGCUUGAGAUCCUCACCAGGAAUAUGCCUCUUAACGUUGAAAAGCUCAAUGGGGAAAGCAACGCGAUCGACAAAAAGGGUUUGGAGUUUUCCUUUGAAGAUGGUGUCACACAGUGUAAGAUCACCACUCUGGUCGGCGCUGGAGGUCUUCCCAGGUAUGGUACUCUGUUCAAUAACCCCUCCAAUGGCCAAAUGGUUGACUGUGAUGAGUUUGUGAAACAGGGCAUUCGCUACAAACACACUGCUAAAACCAAUUCGCCAAACAGAGACUAUGUUCCAAUGAUGGUAGAGCUGCAGGAUAAUGACGGUAACACUAUAAUGCAGGAGCACUUUCAGAUGAUGGUUAGAAUCAGAGAAGGUGCAGAGAACACGGCUCCUAAACCCAGCUUCGUAGCCAUGAUGAUGAUGGAGGUUGAUCAGUUUGUGAUGACAGCUAUAACAAGUGACAUGCUGGCUGCUGAAGACAUUGAAUCCGACCCAGAUGAUUUAAUCUUCAACAUUACUUCUCCUCUGAGCCCUCAGCAGGGCUACAUUAUCAGCACCGAUGAUCGGAACCUGCCAAUCACCUCCUUCUAUCAAAGGGACAUCAAAGAUCUUAAAAUAGCGUAUAAGCCACCGUCAGAGGACUCUGAGCAAGAGAGGAUUUUCCAGCUAGAGUUUGAAAUUGUAGAUACUGAUGGUACCGCGUCCGACACGUUUGCCUUCAUGAUUGUGGUAAAGCCUAUGAAUACCUUGGCUCCAGUUGCAACCAAAAAUACAGGGCAGCUAUUGUUUGAAGGACAGUCAAGAGCUCUCUCCAGCUCCCAGAAUUUAGAGAUUAGUGAUGAGGAUAACCUGGAAGAUGUGAGAAUCACAGUCGUUGAUGGCCUGAAGCACGGAGACCUGACUGUGCUCGGUACUCGCAGGAAAUUCUUUACACCUGCUGAUCUAGACGCCGGCAUUGUUGUGUACCAGCAUGACGGCAGCGACACCUACAGCGACAACAUUAUUUUUAGAAUGACCGAUGGCAGCAAUGAGGUGGAGUUUUUGUUUCCUAUCACCAUUGCUCCCACCGACGAUGAACCCCCAAUUAUUAAUGCUAACACCGGCCUGGUGCUGUUCAAGAAUGAAGUUAUGCAGAUAUCUCCCUUCAUCCUGAGCGCAACUGAUAUCGACUCAGAAGACUCCACAAUUAAGUUUGUCAUGGAAGCGCCAUACUCGACUGUAGGCGAGCUCCUUCUCAGGCAAGUAGAGCCACCGUCUGACCCGUCUCUGUGGAAGUUCAGUGAGACAGAUGAGAUGUUCGAGCAGGUGGUAACUGAGUGGUUUCAGCAGGAUAUUCUUGACGGAAAGCUGUUCUAUCGUCACGUUGGACCCCAUAGCACCACCACGGUGAUUGAUCAGUUUGUGUUCCGAGUCCAGGACGAUAAUGACCCUCCUAAUCAGUCAGGUGAGCACAUGUUUACCAUCAAAAUCCACCCUGUUGACGAUCUAGCUCCUGAGCUUCUCCCAGGCACCAUCCUUCACAUGACAGUCCAGGAAUAUGAGCUCACGUACUUUAGGAAGAAGUUUUUGUGUUAUACUGAUCUGGAUUCAGAUGACAGAGACCUGAAGUACACCAUCACUAAGCCUCCAACUGACACGGAUGAGAACAAUCCAGCUCCCUUGGGCAAUAUUGUGCUGACUGACAACCCUGACACUGUAAUUACAGAGUUUACACAAGCACAGGUUAAUCACCACAAAGUAGCUUACAAGCCUCCAGACCAGGAACUGGGCAUCACUCCAAAAGUAGCUCAGUUCACAUUCACUGUGGAAGACACAGCUGGUAACACAGCAGAUGGACUUUUCACCAUCUUCCUGCAGCCAGUUGACAACAAACCCCCAUUUAUUACCAACGCAGGGUUUACAGUCAUGGAAAGAAGCCCAUAUAUUAUUACUAGAAAAGAGGUAUAUGCCACCGACACAGACACAGAGGAUGAAAAUAUCAUCUUUACUGUUACCCAGGUCCCUCGAUACGGGCUGCUGCAGUAUUUAGGAAUUGACAUGUCAAAUGGGGAAACCUUUGUGCUUGAAGAUAUUGAAAAUGGCCGCUUAAGUUACAUUCACAGUGGACAGGAAUCCCUCAUUGACGUCAUUAAACUUGUUGUAAGUGACGGUUUCCACGAGGUACCCAUUAGCAUCAAGAUCUCCAUUGAGCCGGUUGAUGAUGAGAUCCCCACAAUUAUGGUCCCGGAUGGCCUCCUCGGAGCCUCCCUGGACGUACUGGAGAACGGAGCCACGGAGAUCACAAGUAAGGUCAUCCAGGGUCGCGAUGAGGACACAGAUGACCUCAUGCUCACUUUCAUUGUUGAAGAACCACCGAGACUGGGUGAAAUCUUGGUUAAUGGUGCUCCUGCUGAGAGGUUCACCCAGGAGGACAUCAUUAACGGGGCAGUGGUGUACGCUCACACGUCGGGAGAAAUUGGCCCGGUCAGAGCAUACGACUCCUUCAAUCUUACUCUGUCCGAUAUGUCAGAUCAGUGGGUCGUUGGCGGCAACAAAGUCCAAGGUGUAACAGUUCAUGUCACCAUCCUUCCUGUUGACAGCAUUCCCCCUAUUGUCAUUGUUGAACAGCAGUUUGUUGUUGUGGAGGGGGAGAAGAAUGUUAUCACAGUGAACCACAUUCAAGCUGAGGAUGUUGACACCAAUGACGAUGAUAUCUUGUGCACUGUUAUUGUCCAGCCGACGUCUGGUUAUGUGGAGAACAUCUCUCCAGCCACAGGUUCUGAGAAAUCAAGAGCUGGGACAGCCAUCACUGCCUUUACCAUUAAAGAUAUCGCCCUUGGUCACAUCCACUAUGUCCAAAGCAUCCACAAAGGGGUUGAACCUGUCGAAGAUCGUUUUACCUUCCGCUGCUCGGAUGGUAUUAAUUUCUCUGAACGCCACUUCUUCCCCAUAGUCAUCCUGCCAGCCAAUGACGAGAAGCCUGAGAUUUUCAUCCGUGAAUUUGUAGUAAUGGAAGGCAUGAGUUUGGUUAUCGACACACCAAUUCUGAAUGGAGCUGAUGCCGACAUCCCCGGGGAUGAGCUGCACUUUGAGAUCAUCAAAAACCCAAAACAUGGCACAAUAGUUCAGCAGCUCAGCACUGGCACCAUCCCUGUUGAUCAGUUCAGCCUGGAGCAGAUCAAAGAAUCAUCCAGCAUUGUCUACGAACACGACGACUCUGAGACUAAAGAAGAUAGCUUUGAGGUCAGGCUAUCUGACGGCAAACACAAAGUGGAAAAAACGGUUCUCAUCAUGGUUAUUCCCGUUGAUGAUGAAACUCCGCGAAUGGCUAUCAACGAUGGUCUUGAUGUUGAGAUCGGAGAGACAAAAGUCAUCAGCAACAGAGUUUUAAAGGCAACAGACCUUGACUCCGAAGACAAAGAACUUACAUACGUUGUGCGAUAUGGCCCUGGACAAGGCUACCUCCAGCGUAUCAGCAAAUUUGGUGAUGUUCUGGGAAACAUCACCCUGGGAAUGAAUUUCACACAAGACGAAGUCGACAAACAACUCAUUCAGUACGUGCACACGGGACAGGAGGGAAUCCGUGACUUACUGAAAUUUGACGUCACAGAUGGUAUCAAUCCACUCAUUGACCGUUACUUUUACAUCAACAUCGGGAGCAUUGACAUGGUUUUCCCAGAUGUCAUCAACAAAGGUGUGACGCUCAAAGAAGGAGGAAAAGUAACUCUUACGACUGACCUCCUCAGCACCAGUGACAUCAACAGUCCUGAUGAAUUCCUCAGCUUUAGCAUCACAAGAGCACCCAGUAGAGGACACUUGGAGAGCACUGACUACCCAGGUGUUCCCAUUUCCACCUUUACCCAACUGCAGCUUGCCGGUAAUAAGAUCUACUACAUCCACACCUCUGAUGAUGAGAUGAAAAUGGACAGCUUUGAGUUUGAGGUGACAGAUGGCUAUAAUCCUGUCUUCCGAACCUUCAGAGUGUCCAUCACUGAUGUAGAUAAUAAGAAACCAGUCUUGACUAUAAAUAAGCUGGUCGUGGAGGAGGGGGAAACCAAGCUGAUUACACCGUUUGAGCUGACAGCCGAGGAUCGGGACACCUCAGACAACCUGUUGCGCUUCAUAGUCACCCAGGUCCCUGUACACGGCCAGCUGGUUUUCAACAGAACCCAACCAAUCACAACCUUUACCAAGCAGGACCUGAACGAGAACCUUAUCAGCUAUAAGCACGAUGGCACUGAGACCAAUGAAGACAGCUUCUCAUUCACUGUCACAGAUGGAACUCACACUGAUUUUUAUGUCUUUCCCGACACCGUGUUUGAGACACGCAAGCCCCAAAUGAUGACCAUUCACAUCAACACCGUGGACAACGGCGUGCCGCAGAUUGUGGUUAACAAGGCCGCUGCCUCACUGAAAGUCCUCCAAUCGGGGCACCUGGGCUUCCUGUUCACCAGCAAGGUCCUUCGAUCGGAGGACAGAGACAGUCAGCAAAAGGUCCUGAAGUAUACAGUGUCUGAGGCUCCCCUGCAUGGCUACAUCAUGAACACUGCGCUGGGCAAUGACAGCAUCACGACCUUCACACAAGCUGAUAUCAAUGACAUGAAGAUCUGUUAUGUGCUGCUGGAUGGGAGCAACGCCACAAGUGACAUCCUCUACUUCACAGUGGAAGACAACGGUGGAAAUAAACUAAAACCUCAGCCAUUCCGACUCAAUUGGGCCUGGAUCUCCCUGGAGAGGGAAUACUAUUUGGUGGACGAGGACGCCAAAUUCCUGGAGGUGACGCUGAAACGCAGAGGCUACCUGGGAGAAACCUCCUUUAUCAGUAUUGCAACCAAGGACGGCACUGCUAAGAAGGACAAAGACUUCCGUGGUAAAGCCCAGAAGCAGGUCCAGUUCAACCCGGGUCAGACUACAGCAACCUGGAAGGUGAAGAUCUUCACAGACCAAGAGUUUGAGACGUCAGAGACCUUUGAGAUCCAGCUGUCAGACCCAGUCAUGGCCGUGCUGGAGUUUCCCGACACUGCAACAGUGGAGAUUGUGGACCCUGGAGACGAGUCGACUGUCUUCAUUCCUCAAGCAGAAUAUAAGAUAGAGGAGGACACCGGAGAGCUGUUGGUGCCGGUCAUUCGUUCAGGAGAUGCCAGCCAGGAACUAAUGGUGGUUUGUUACACUCAGCAAGCCACGGCCACCGGCACCAUACCCAGCACCGUCCUGUCCUACUCCGACUACAUCACCCGGCCAGAGGACCACACCAGCGUGCUGCGCUUUGACAAGGACGAGCGAGAAAAGGUCUGCCGCAUCAUUAUCAUUGACGACUCCCUGUACGAGGAGGAGGAGAGCUUCAACGUCACCCUCAGCAUGCCCAUGGGCGGCCAGGUGGGCGCUAACUUCCCGACAGCCAGAGUCGUCAUCCUGGCAGACAGCGAUGACGAGCCUUCACUCUACUUUGGGGAGCCUGAGUAUUUCGUGGACGAGAGUUUAGGGUAUGUUGAGGUGAAGGUCUGGAGGACAGGUACCGAUUUGUCCAAGACUGCCACUGUCACCGUGCGUUCCCGGAAGAGCGAUCCUGUUUCUGCUGAAGCUGGACUCGACUACGUUGGUAUUAGUCGCAACCUGGACUUUGCACCUGGGGUGACGAUGCAGACGUUUAGAGUGACCAUCCUUGACGACCUGGGUCAGCCAGAGCUGGAGGGGCUGGAGACCUUUGACCUUGUACUACGGAUGCCCAUGAACGCUGUGUUAGGAGAACCAAGCAAGACGACCAUCACCAUCAAUGAUACUAUCACUGACCUGCCAAAGGUUCAGUUUAAAGAAGGAAGCUACAAGGUGGAUGAGUCAGACAAGGAGGUAAAAGCCAUGGUGUACCGCAGUGGAGACAUCAGCAUCAGCUCCACUGUGCGUUGUUACACUCGCCAAGGCUCCGCACAGGUUAUGAUGGAUUACAACGAGAGGCCCAACACUGACGCAUCCAUCAUCACUUUUCUGCCAGGUGAGACCGAGAAGCCGUGUAUCGUGAGCCUGGUGGACGACUCCGUCCACGAAGAGGACGAGGAGUUCCGCUUGUUGCUGGGGACUCCCAAGAGCAAGUCUCCGUAUGGAGCCACCAUUGGGGAGCAGAAGGAAACGCUGGUCACCGUCACAGAUGAGAAAGACAAGCCUAUCAUCCGUUUCUCUGAGAUCAAGUACAGUGUCCGUGAACCGCAGGUCAAAGGUGAUAUGGCAAUUGUAAAGAUUCCCAUCCUGCGUACCGGAGACACUUCAAAGGUGUCAGUAGUGAGAGUGCACACAAAAGAUGGCUCUGCAACCUCGGGAGAAGACUAUAACCCAAUGUCAGAGGAUGUGGAGUUCAAGGAGGGCGAAAAGGAGCACUUUGUGGAGAUUGAGAUUCUGUACGACGGCGAGAGAGAGAUGAGAGAGGCCUUCACCGUGCACAUGAAGCCCGACGACAACAUGGUGGCUGAAAUACAGAUGAACAAGGCUAUUGUGUACAUCGAAGAGAUGGACAGUGUAGCGGACGUUACCUUCCCUGCAGUGCCCCAGGUGGUGUCCCUGCUCAUGUAUGACGACACAGAUAAAACCAAAGACAGGCCGUACCCGCCCAAUGGAUACCCCGUUGUUUGCGUGACGGCCUGCAACCCCAAGUACCACGACUUUGAUAAAACAGGCUCCAUCUGCUCUGCGGAGAACAUCAACGACACUCUCACCCAGUACCGCUGGCUGGUCAGCGCUCCCACUGGAUCGGAUGGAGUGACCAGCCCCAUGAGGGAGGUGGACACAAAUACUUUCUUCACCAACACCAAGUCCAUCACUUUGGACUCAGUCUACUUCCAAGCUGGCUCCAGGGUUCAGUGUGCUGCAAGGGCCUUCAACUCAAAAGGCGAUGCUGGCUUGGAACUGUCCAGUCCCAUCGUCGUGAUCAGCAAAGAGGAGGGUAUGUGCCAGCCUCGUAUUACAGGAACCGUUGGAGCUGAGCCUUUCUCUGCUAAGAUCCGUUACACAGGCCCUGAUGAUCCAGACUUCCCCAACCUCAUCAAACUGACGGUCAACAUGCCUCACAUGGAUGGCAUGUUGCCGGUGAUCUCCACAAGGCCUCUGUCCAACUUUGAGCUCACCCUAAGUCCAGAUGGAACACGAGUGGGCAACCACCGCUGCUCCAACCUGCUGGACUUCAAUGAGAUCCAGACCGGACAUGGCUUCAUCACGGACGCAACAAAGAACCCCGAAAUUAUUGGGGAGACUUCGCCCUACCAGUACAACGCUAUCAUGCGCUCAUCGAACUCUCUGCGCUUCUACAGGAACCUCAACUUGGAGGCCUGUCUCUGGGAGUUCACCAGCUACUACGACAUGUCAGAGCUGCUGAAUGACUGUGGAGGCUCCAUAGGCACAGAUGGCCAGGUGCUGAACCUGGUCCAGUCCUACGUCACCCUGCGGGUUCCUCUGUUUGUGUCCUACGUCUUCCACUCUCCUGUGGCUGUCGGAGGCUGGCAGCACUUUGACCUGCAGUCGGAGCUCAAACUCACCUUUGUGUAUGACACAGCUAUUCUGUGGCAGGAUGGGAUUGGCAGUCCGCCCGAAGCUGAACUUCAAGGAGCCAUGUACCCCACCAGUAUGCGUAUAAAUGAGGAGGGCCGCCUUGUGGUCAACUUCAAGACAGAGGCACGCUUCAGGGGACAGUUUGUUAUGUCCCAUCCAGGAACCAGCGUGUCGUCCAUGGUGAUGUGUGCCGACCACUCUGGGCUCACGUUCACUCUUGCUCUGGUCCGAACUGAGCCCACGUACAACCAGCCCAUGCAGCAGUGGAGCUUUGUCUCCGAUUUUGCCGUGAGAGACUACUCAGGGACCUACACUGUGAAGUUAAUUCCCUGUAUUGCAUCCCCCACUGGGGAGUUCAGCAUCCCUCCCGUCUGCCACCCUAGAGAGCCACUUACUUUUGACAUGGACAUUCGCUUCCAGCAGGUGAGCGACCCGGUGGCGGCUGAGUUCAGCCUCAACACUCAGAUGUUCCUGCUCUCCAAGAGGGAGUUGUGGUUGUCUGAUGGCUCCAUGUCUUUUGGGGAAGGGACGGAUGCCGCUUUUUCAGAAGGCUCCAUGAUUUACGGGCGUGUGAUGGUGGACCCAGUCCAGAACCUGGGUGACUCCUUCUCCUGCAGCAUUGAGAAGGUGUUCCUCUGCACUGGGGCAGAUGGCUACGUUCCCAAAUACAACCCCACUAACAAGGAGUAUGGCUGCCUGGCAGAUGCCCCCUCUCUGCUGUACAGAUUCAAGAUCCUGGACAAAGCCCAACCAGAGACUCAAGCUACAGCAUUUGGUGCUGUUUCAUUUGAGGCCACACUGGCUCAAGACACACCUGGAGCUCUGUCUUUGGUCAAGCAACCAGGCUCAGAUGGCUUCACGCUGUCGUCCUCUCCGCUUUUCCAGGUGGCUGCUGGUCGAGAGUGGUUCAUCCACACCAUCUACACUGUGCGCUCCAAAGAAAACGCCAACCGCAACAUUGGCAAGCGCAGUGUGGAGUACCUCCACCACAGCGUCUCCUCCGUCGAGCAGCCCCACGGCUCCAACGUGGCCCCCCGCCACCGUCGCGCUGCCCCCACUUUCUCCGGUCCUCCCGUCGCCCAGGACAUUGGCAUCGAAAACAACCGGGGCACCAACAUCCAGCACAUUGCUCUGGACAGAACAGACCGCAUGGUGGUCAGCCAGCGCCAGCCCUGGUCCCCCAACCGCGACGCUCUCCUGGAGCGCCCCCUGCUGGAGAGUUCGGGCAGGGAGCCGGCCGACACCUCCUUCCUGCCCAUGCUGGUGGGCAUCGCAGGCCUGAUCCUCCUCAUCUGCCUCGUCGCCGUCAUUGUCAUUCUGCUGCUGAGGCGCAAGAAGCGGGAAAAGAAGAACCAGUUCCCCCCUUACACCACCUCUUCUUCCUCCGCCUACGCCGGCUUCAGCCAAGGCCCGGUGGGUAUGUGGGGCAGUUCAGACAGCUCUGAGGUCUAACUGUUGUCCCUGCUCCCCCUCAAACAUCUGCCCCGUUAUAAAAAAAAAGAAAAAAGACUAUAACAGUCUCCACCACUGUGCCUUUAAUGCCCGACUUGAGUAGCACUGAUCAGAGCCCGGUACAACCUGUGGACAGCAAACAAUGUCAAUGCUUGGGCUUACGUGCAGAGAAUGUACCAGAGUUUUGAGGCUUACUGAGCUCUGAUGAUGGUUAGUUUUCACUGUAAUGUACUGUAGGGUUAUGCCUAUUGAGAAUCAUGGAUAUAUGUAGAAGUCCCUUUAAAAAUGAUAUUCACCCAGUGCGUUGGUUGCCAAGUUUUUGCUCUUCAUGCAGUUCGCAAUUUUAAAAAAUGCAUUUUUUGAGUAAAUGGCUACCUUGUUUAAAUUUCAAAAAAAUCACUAUGUUCAUUCUUUAAAAAUACGUUUUUUUUUUUUUUAUUUCUGUACCUCACUGUGUUCGUUAUUGUUUUGUGGAGAUUAAAAACAGACCGAAUGUUAGUUGACCUCAAUGAAUGAUAUUUUGAUAUUGAUAUUUUUCUUGUAGUAUACCUGCCCACUGCUGAUAGCAGCCCCAUGAUGGCGUCAUUGAAAAGGAUUGUAGAUUGUAUGUCUUCAGAAUAUGGCAACUCACUUUUUUUUUUUUAGAUAAAUGUGGCUGAAAUCAGAUGCAAACCUGUCUGUGUACAUACCGAUGUAGGACUAUUAUUAAAAAGAAAAAGGAAAAAAAAAAAAAGGUAUUACUACACCCUGGUGAAACUUGAACAGAUAUGAACUCUUUCUGGUUUGUUGAUCAAGUCCUGAAAAAAAAAACUUUUACUUUUUCCUUCCACAGUUAUAAUCUAAUGUGCCAACUGUUAGCGGACGUGUAUGGCUGUUUCAUUUUUGUGACAAUUGAAAACGUUUGGAUGUAUGUUCACUUAAACUGCCAAAUAUAAAUGUAUUUUUCUCUUUUGGAA